AUGAAGCAAGGCAACAAGACGGGCACGUGCCCGCAGACAAGGAAGCGCCAAGCGGUCGAACCUCCCUAUUCCUCCUUCUCGCUGUGGGAAAAGCGUUUCAUCGUCCUAGCCGCCGCCCUCAGCGCCUUCUUCUCCCCCUUGACGGCGCAGAUCUACUUUCCCGCCCUGAACGUCCUCGCAGACGCGUUCCAUGUCAGCACGUCCAAGAUCAACCUGACCAUCACGACAUACAUGGUCUUCCAGGGGGUCACUCCCAUGUUCAUUGGGGGAUUCGCCGACACAGGCGGUCGUAGACCGGCCUACGCAGUAUGUUUUGUGGUAUACAUCGGUGCCAACAUUGGUGUGGCCUUGUGCCAGAACUAUGGGCAAUUACUGGUUCUGCGUUGCCUGCAGUCAGCUGGCUCGGCCAGCACUGUCGCCCUGUGCCAGGCCGUCAUCGCUGACACCAUCACCUCCGCGGAGAGGGGCCAGUACAUUGGCAUCACGGUUCUCCCAAUCGUGCUGGCGCCUUCAUUGGGCCCAGUGCUUGGUGGCAUUCUCACCCAGUAUUUGGGCUGGAGAUCCAUCUUCUGGUUCCUCACCAUCCUAGCUGCCGUGACGCUCGUCUUGAUCCUGUUCUUCUUCCCUGAAACGUGCCGCAGACUUGUCGGCGAUGGCAGUGUCAGGCCUCAUCCGGUCUACAGAACACUCUGGCAGGUCAUCAAGGACAGCCACCGGAGGCGGAAAGCUGAGAAGUCCAAGGACCUUGAUCAGCUUCAUCGCAUCCACACAGCCACAUCGAGCAAGUCGCGCCCCAAGUUGAAGGUCGCCUUUGGUAACCCUUUUGACUCGGUCAUGCUGCUCUUUGAACCUGUCCUCGGCCUGCUCCUCUUCUACAGCGCUGUGGUCUUUGCAGGAUUCUAUGCGAUUGCCACCGCCAUGUCUGAGCAGUUCAAGGAGAUCUACGGGCUAGGUGAGAUUGAGAUUGGUCUCAUGUACCUACCCAUGGCUGGCGGAUCGGUUGUCGCCGCCUUCAUCGUCGGUCCCGCGAUCAAUUGGAACUACCGUCGGCACGCUAAACGACUCGGCAUGACCUUGACUAAGGGCCGUCAGGACGAUCUUACCAACUUUCCCAUAGAGAGGGCGCGUAUUGAAGUCGGCCUCCCGUUGCUAGGCCUCGCAACCUGCGUCCUGUUCGCUUGGGGCUGGGCGCUGCAGUACAAAGCUAGCAUUGCAGUGCCCGCCGUGCUGUUGUUCCUCAUGGGUAUCGGAAUGAUCGGUUUCAACAAUACCUCCAGCGUUCUCGUCGUCGACAUGUACCCAGGCAAGGCAGGUGCCGCAACCGCCGCGAACAAUCUGACCAGAUGUCUCGUCGGUGCUGCAGCGACUGCGGCCAUUACUCCCAUGAUUAACGGUAUCGGGUCAGGAUGGGCUUUCACAAUAUUUGGGUUCCUGUACCUUAUUGGCGGUCCCAUCUUGCUUGUCAUCAUGAAAAAUGGUAUCAAGUGGAGGCGACAGCUCAGGGAAAAGCAAGCCAGGAAGGAGGCUCUCGCCAAGGUUGGAGAUCAUGAGAACAAUGCCUCUAAUCUGCCUACUGCGGCUUCAGGCCCUCCGAGGACGAAGGCUGGGAGCAUCCCUGAGAAAAGCCAUAAAGAACGAAGGCAUCUAACACUAUCACGACACUGUGCGGUGGACAAGGCUACAAAACAUGUGCAUAGUCUGGGGAAAAUGAAAUAG